GUUAUCGCGUCUUCUGUUUUUGGAAGAAGCAGAGGGAUGGAUAUCGACGAAGGAGCAGAGGAUGAUGCCGCCGCUGUGCAAUUAGCCGAGGCAGCUGCCGCUGCUGCACAUGACGAUGCUGAGAUGGAAAAUGGCACCAUCUCUGGCGAGGCAGAUCACUACGACAUUGAUCUCGUUGCUCUCUUCACACGGAUCCCUCUGGUAAGUGCCAAAGAGCGCUCCCCUCUCCCCCUGCACACACAACACACGCCCGCUGCAUAGAUCUGACUGACGCGUUUUGUCGUGUGUGCGAUGGUGCGUGUGUGUUGGUUCAGCCCAUCCUUCUCACUUCCCUCUUCGCGUACAUGCCGCUGCGGCAGCUCGUCGGCCUCCCCCGUCGCGUGUGGAGCGCACUGGCGCCCAACGUGACGCAUCUGAUCAUCGACGGUCGGUUCGAGCCGGACAGGGCAUUCUGGAGGAGAAUGCCCUUUGAAGCGGCACGGUCAUGGGGCAGGAGGCUCACCCACCUGACGUCAAUCACACUGAGAUACACUCUGACACUCUCGUGAGCCUUACCUUCAGACACACACGGGGAUGCUCUGAGAUAUGUGUGUGUGUGUGUUCGUGUGUGUGUGUGUGUGUCUGGUUCAGGAACUAUGCCAUGGUCGCAUUCGCCGGGGUGGUCGACGGGCACGCAGAGGGGCGAGCCGAGAUGCUGGACAAAGCACGGGCCGCCGCCGAGGCGGCGAACCAGCAGCCCCCGAACAUCCCGGCCGGCACGCUGAGGACCAUCACGUUCGAGCAGGCUGACAGAACCGACAUGAAGCGCGCAGAGAUCAUCCUGCUGCCCACCCUCCGCGCACAAGAGCCGACCAUCCCGCCAUCGGCUGGAGGUGAACCGGGGGCCGCCGAGAACACCACCAUGCCCCCUCGGCUGGCCCUCCCGUCCCUCCAGACCAUCAGGGGUCUCCGCCCCGGCCACAGUGUGGUGGCGGCAAGGUGGAAGAUGCCGGCGUUGCAGGACGUGUUGGACGCGAGAGCGGAGCCGGAGAGGAGUGCGCCGCCGCUGUCGGACCCCCUGCGGCUCCGGUUUUGGGUGUCGACAUCGACCUCACUGCGGCGACUGGACGUCUGCUCGUCGCCGCGGCACAAGGCCAUGGUGUUGGACAAUGUGGGCGGCCGUUACAGUGGUGGUGGUGGUGGUGCCGGUGGUGAUAAGGCCCGGCUGCUGGCCAACUUGGAGGAUAUUGGGACCAUAGAGGUGAGUCAUCGGCGCACACACAGUCACUUCAUCACGGGUUCCUCUACUUGUGUGUGUGUGUGUGUGUGUGUUGGUGCAGUUUAGCCCUCACACACCUGUGGCACACGGCCUCAGUAGACUGGAGGCAAGCCGCAGAAUGAAAUGCAACACGCCCCACUCUGCCACAAUCACCUUUCUGUCUGUCUGUCUGUCUGUGUGUGCCGCCCUUCAGAGCGUCCUAGUUUCGCGCGGCUGCGACGGCGUGCAGGGCCGUGGACUGACAAGCGUCAAGGUGGACAUCACUGGGCGGCACACGAGAGCCGCUUCGACCACAGUAGAGGUGAGCAACACCCCACAGAGACACACACUCAGACACAGACACACCUCUCCUGACGCUGUCUGUGAUGGUGCAGAUGCUCGUCGCGUUGGAGAGAUUCGUUGAGAUGGUCUGGCGGUCUCGCACCGUCCAGAUCACCCCAGGCGCCAUCCCCCAGCCCCACAUCAGCGCCUUCGACCUCACGGCCCUCCUCCGUCUGCCCCCAAAUGCGACCCCAUUCAUCAAGCAGACCAUCACCCGCCUCGCCAAAGUCGCCCUCACAGUCGAGUGGCGCGUCAGCAAUGCCGAUCUGACCGACCAGCAGCCCCUCGAGUCGCCGAACGAGGCUGUCAAAGAGGUCGCCGCCGCCAUAUCCUUCGCCAAUACCGAAACCGUCUCCAUCCAGUCAAACAGCCAUUUUAACAACAACCAGCAGCAGCAGCAGCAGCAGAUUGUUUCCCCCCGGCCCAAUGCACUCGAGCACCUGGACGGCAGCCAUGCCUUCCCAAAGGCCAAGGCCCUGUUGAUCGACACGCCCUUCGGCUGCCACGCCGUGGGGCCUCUCAUGCGGGCGAUGCGCAGCACUGUGGAGAGGGUGGAGAUGCUCUCGACGGGGGAGAUGCCGUUGCCGGCGGAGGCCUGGGGCGUGUACCUGGCUGGCAUGGGACCCCACACCACCCUCUCAGGCACCCUUAAGAUGCGGGUCGAGGGCUGGGGAGAGCCCAUCGACUGGGGCGACAGGGCCCACAAGAUGCCCACUGUCAAAGGCAUCGAACUCUACCUGACAGGUACACUUGUAGGUCAGCCACAGAGGGACGCACUGCACCGCACCCCAUCUCUCUCUCUCUCUCUCUCUCUGUGUGUGUGUGUGUGUGUGUGUGGUGCAGUGCCUGGCAAUGUGGCUCAUUCCCUGGCCGAGGAGGACGACUACUUCUAUGCCUUCAUCCAGCAGCUCAUCAAGCUGCGGGGCCUCGACAGGUGAGAGAGACAGCAGCGCUGUGUGCCACUCCCUCAUUUGUGUGCCCAUCCAUCCAUCCAUAUGUGUGUGUGUGUCUGUGCAUCGCCUCGGCCUAUCAGGGUGGAGAUAAUGGAGCCGGUGGGCACCAGCCGCCGAGUGCUGCGCACCAGGUGCCCCAACAAGACCAUCGGCGACUUCACGAUAGACUUCCACGGCUCACUGCGGCUCAUCCGGACGACAUGGACGAGCCGUGGCAGAUAAUAACGAGUGUGUGAGUGCUGUGUGGUGCCCGACAGUCUGUUUGAUUAACGUAGGCAGCUCGACGGCUGGAUGCGGUCCGUCGGUCGCAUGUGACUUGUACAGAAAGGGACGGACGGACUAUGAGUGUGAUUUCUGCUGCGUGUGUGAUGCGAUGCUUGUCGUGCGUGUGAUGAUGGUGGGUAUCAUAAUAGAGGACUCAUGGUAUCAUCAUAGUCAUUUGUAUGUCUU